CAAAAAUUGCAUCUGUCAAUUUGCAGCAAUUUGAAUGGCCAUGGACAGGGGGCCCUGCUCACCGUCUCACUGAAAUUCAAUUGAAUUUCAACCCCCGUUCCGCCGUUGCCAGCAGCCCCCGUCCUCCGCCCCCCGUCCAGGAGGUGUGAGUGAGUCUGUGAGUGUGUGACUCUUCGCUGGCCCGGGUCGCUCGAGUGGCGCCAUGGGGCCAUCUUGCGGGCUACCAAAGACGCCAGUUGUUCAUGAUUCACGGAUAUAUAACCACAGGGUGUCAUGGUCGAGGAUCGAGUCCUCGGGCCUUCCAUUGUUCACUAUCUUGGCGCAUUUGACUUGUUUUCUACCCUGUAUUUCCGUCUGGGCCUGUUUUCUGUCUGUCUUAUAUUUCAAUAUCACGACGGACCUAUCUCAUCACAGCCAUCUAUAUAUCGCCAGCGAACCGCGUCCACGAUCACGAUCACGAUUACCAUCCGGCCGAAACUCGAACCCGUCGAAACAUCGACGGAACAAGGGGAUAUCACACAAACCCUCAUCUCAUCUCACGUCACACCACACAUACAAAAUGUUCGGCCGAUCGAGGAAAGCCAGUGUCUCGCAGAGCACCUCGAAAUCAUCGAAGCCCCCUUCCACGGCAGUAACACGCGACUCGGGUGUCUCUAAGCGCCGACCUUCCACUGCGUCCACUUCCCGCCGCCGACCGUCUUGCUCCGCUCAGAACCUGGUGGACCCUUCUGGAAACAACUCGCCCAUCAUCACCCUGGUUGUCGGCCGCGAGGCUCGCAUCUUCGCCGCCCAUGAGGAGGUCUUGACCAAGUCGCCCGUCCUGGCUGCUGCCCUCCGCUCGCAGUACAUGGAGUCCACGGGAAAGCGCUUGACCCUGCCGGACGAGGAGCCCGAGGUCCUCUCCCCUAUCCUUGAGUACCUGUACAAGGGCGACUACUCCCCCCGCCUGAUCCACAACAAGCGCCGGGACACGUGGGAGAUCGAGAGCAACGACGAGGCCACCAUCUUCCACCAGGCCACCGGGGCCGAGAUCCUCAAGGACACCGUCAUCUACUGUGCGGCCGAGAAGUACAAGCUGGAGGAGCUGAAGCGCAUCGCUCUGCGCAAGCAGGGUCUCCGCACCGGCAUUCCCUGUGGCAUCAUCCUGUCCUCGGCCCGCUUCGCAUACGCCAACACCUCCGACUCUGACUCCAAGCUCAGGGCUCACUACCUCGCCCUCAUCAUCCGCAGCCGCUCCACCUUCAAGCGCAGCGGAACCAUGCAGCAGGAGAUGUUCAACGGCGGCUCCCAGCUCUUCUUCGACCUGUUUGUCGCCCUGGCCAACCACGUCGAUGACAUCCAGAGCCCCCGCGGCACUCCUCGCAGCGGCACCCCCAAGAACGGCUUCUUCUAAAGGAAGCUCGCCUCAUCAGUGAUUCUCACGUCACUACCACCCUACUGUUUUCUGUUCGCGGCUCUUCGCCUGCGCUCUCCUCUCAUCAUCAGUGUUCAGCUUUUUCCUCUCCGUGCGCUGGAAAUACCCCUCUACGCAUACUGUCUCAUCUCCUCAUGUCUGCAUUGGCUCUUAAUUUCCUCAACGUCUCUCCUACAUCUGUCAAACGCUGUUCAUGCUCUUUAUGCUUUUGGAUGAUUUAUCUGCUUCACCUCUGUCUUGCUUUCUUGGUUCUGCCUCGCGGGUUAACGGCACUGCUUGAUGGAUCUCGGGGCAUCUACAGGCGUUUCUGCUUUUCUCAUUGGUCUGCGGCAUCAUACCACAUACCCUUUAUACCCAGUCGUUUGCAAAACUUUUCGCACUUGCUUUUCCUUUUCUAUUCAUUCGCGAUCUAGACUUUUCAAAAAGAUAACUGUAUCACCA